AUGGAUCGUUUGCAUAUUGAACAUUGUCUUUUAAAACAACCAUCAUAUUUUCGCCAUAUCAUCUAUUCAUUUAUUUUACUUUUAAUAAGUACAUUGAUUGGUACAAUUUUCUUUCAGUUACAUAUUCAAGUUUUUAAUUCAAUAUUUGGUCCAUUUCAUCUCAAUUUAGAACAAUUUAUUCAACAUGUUAACAAUUUUAAAAGUCAACAAUCAUCAUCUCGAUUCUGGAAAAUUGAAUAUAUUCAAGUUGAAUUAAAUGAAAAUAAUAUUCAACAAUCAUUCAAUACAUAUGAUAUUAUUCGACAAUAUUCUGAUCCAGUCACACGUCAAUAUUCAAUUGCAACAUACAAAAAAGUUCAAUAUCCAGACAUAUAUGUUAAAUUACCAACGUCUACUCAAGAAUAUUUUCAUGCGCAAUUUCCAUUUCGGUUUCAUUUAUAUUCAAUUCGAACACUUAAAUGUAUUGUAAAAAAUUUACCAUCGGACUCAGAAAUGACACAUAGAUCAUGGGUUGAAAAGAUUGAUUAUGUCAAAUACAUAAAGAAGCAGUAUGAUAAGAAUUCAACUCAAUUUAAUAGAGCAAUAUUAACGAAAUGUGGUAUCUUGAUUGGAUAUCUAUAUCGACCAAGAAAUGAAAAGGCUUUUAUUCAAGGUAAACAACAUCAAUUUUAUUCAUUUGAUAUUGCUCUAAAUAUCACACAACCGUAUUAUCCAUUUUAUAAAUUUCUCAUAUGUGGUUUAAUUGCCUUAUGGUUAUUAUUAAAAACACUAUUCUAUAUUAUUCUCUAUUUGAGAAAUAUCAUUUGUUGCAAAAUUUUGCACAAAUAUGGAUUAACAAAAAUAUCUUUGAAACUAUCUAAAAAUGUUCAGGAAGAGCUCUGGCUAUUGAAUUUGGACGGAUCAUCUCAUGAACAAUUAUUAAAAUUUGAUGAAUUUGUACGACAAUGUGAACAUAGAUUUAACAAUCAAUUACUCAUCAUUGAAAAUGAUCAAAACCAUCUGUUUGUUGUUUUAUUUCAAGUAGACUUACAGAAAUGUUCUACAAUCCACUAUGAAUCAUCACCAUUUAUUAUUUGUCCUGAAAGUGAUAUACGAAUAAUUAGACACGAUGAAGGUAUUUUGUAUGGUAAAGAUCUUUCCAAGAUUCCAUGGCCAAUAACCAUGACAGGUGAACAAAAUUUUGCUGAGUGGUUACAUCAAGAACUCAUGGAAAUAAGUUCAGGUUAUAGACAACGAUAUCAACAACGUCUUCAAAAUGAACGAUUCGGCCAGCAACAGUGUGUGACAUUUCGAAAUCGACAUCGCUUGAGUAUUCAUCAACAUCGAGACGUAUCAAAUAGAUCAAUCGUACACUCAAGUUACAUGGCACGAUUGAUUCAUGAAGAAGAAAAUUUUCAGACUCUCAAACUUGAACGACAAUCAAUAGGUCAACGUAUAUAUGAACGUGAUUCUCCAGCUUCGGCAAGAUUCAUUGCCGAGUUUCGAAUGAAACAUGAACAAAACAAGAUUAUAGUAGAUACGAAAAUGGCGAAUGAACAAAUUCAAUGUAUUGUCUGUUUGGAAUAUUUAAAAUUAAACGAGCAAUAUGCACCAUGGCCAUGUCCUGGCAAAAAGAAACAUAUAUUUCAUUAUCAAUGCAUGCUCAGCUCAUUACGAUCAAAAAAUAAAUGUCCACUAUGUCGACAUGAAGUAGACGGCGUUCCAAUGCCUACAAUACAAAAUUUGAUGCCUGAAUUAUUCAGACAUAUAGUUUUAUAG